CAGCCUUACCUUUAACCCGGCAGGAUGGAGGCAGAGGCAGAGGUGGUGGCCGCGUCCACGCCUGCCCCGGGCGUCUCGACCGCGGUGUCGUCGGCACAAGAGACCGAAAAGUGGAUGGAGGAGGCCAUGCGCAUGGCCAAAGAUGCCCUUGAAAAUACCGAAGUUCCUGUUGGCUGUCUCAUGGUCUACAACAAUGAAGUCGUGGGGAAGGGAAGAAAUGAAGUGAACCAAACCAAAAACGCUACUCGACAUGCAGAAAUGGUGGCCAUUGAUCAAGUCCUAGAUUGGUGUCAGCGAAGUGGCCAGAGUCCUUCUGCUGUGUUUGAACACACCGUGUUGUAUGUCACCGUGGAGCCGUGCAUUAUGUGUGCAGCUGCUCUCCGCCUGAUGAAAAUCCCGCUGGUCGUCUACGGCUGUCAGAAUGAACGAUUUGGUGGUUGUGGCUCUGUUCUAAAUGUUGCCUCUGCUGACUUACCAAAUACGGGAAGACCAUUUCAGUGCAUCCCUGGGUAUCGGGCUGAGGAAGCCGUGGACCUGUUAAAGGCUUUCUACAAGCAAGAAAAUCCCAAUGCACCCAAAUCAAAAGUCCGGAAGAAGGAAUGUCAGAAAUCCUGAACUUGUAAUGGAAGAUGAAAGCCCCACAGUGACCUACAUGCCAUUCCCAGCCUGCAAAGCUGCUGUCAUGGACGGCGUACAUUUCUGUGUUUGUUACUCUCUGGGAAAAUGGGGCCCCUCAUCAUUUGCUCUCUUAAGGGAACAAAUUAGUGCUUUUUAAAAGGCUGACAACUAUAAACAACUAUUAGCUUCUCCAUAGCUGAAAGAGCAUUUUCUGAAGGGGGAAAAAACCCCUCAAGUUUGAGGUUUUAGGAAUUCGCCACAGCUUCGGCUGAGUCCAGCUGAGUGGGGGCUGGGUUUUCAGAGUGUCCCUCCAGACCUGGUCACUUGCACAUGUUUGCAUGAGAAAGCCACAGUGAUGCGUGUCCUCUACAUGUCUGGCCCUUUCGCAGGUGGAGUUGGAUUCUCUCUUU